AUGUCCGUCCUCGCCACAACGACGCCCAAGCAAGUCCUCUCUACCAUCCACAAUAUCCCCAAGCGCAUGAAGAGCGCAAAUACCAGCGACUCUAACCAUCGUCGUGGCAAGGAAAACAUUCCACCAGGCGAGAAACCCUCCAUGUCGUCCGCUCAUCUCCCGUCGAGCCCGUCCUGUCCCGCUCCCAUAGUCCGGCCGAACUGGCAAGCCAAAGACGGCAUGAUUAUCAUCAAAGUCUCCGUACCCUUUCUUGACGACCUCUGGAAAUUCAAGGUUCCCGAAGACGUUACGCUAGAGACGUUCCUUCUGCGCGUCGAAGAGAAGGUUGGGUUCCCUCUCACCCUGUCGAAGAAGUCCGGCCAGCAUCGCGAACGCCCUGUUUCCACCGAGGCUGCGUUCGUGUCUUGGGUCAGUGCGCGGAUUGAUCCCAAGACCGGAAGGAACACGCCCCUCGUUGCCCACGUUCGCCUCUGA